AAAAAUCAGUUGAAGUAUUGCAGUUCUACAAGUGGUGCGAAAUCGCGGAUGGUACUGGGAGGUACAACAAUGGCGAAACCUUCUUCAGAAACUCCUUCGCUGAUCUUAACGUCGCCGGCGAUUCAGAUUAAGGAUAUGUCUGAGGAGGAUUUACGUCGAACUAUGCUAAUGCUCAAUGGAUUGAGAGACUCCGACCAAAUUCCGGACGAUUGCAACACCAAGGACUUCCAUUCCGACAUCUGUCGCCGUCAUCUCCGGCAGCUCCGCCUCGAGCGAGGCCGUGCCACAUACCUUCUCUCCGCCGAGCCUGCUAUUUGCAACAUUUAUGGCUCUUUACAUGGAGGAUUUGUUGCUGCGGCUGCUGAGUUCUUAUCAAUUGCUUGUGCUAGAACUGUGGUGGCGGAAGAUAAGGAAAUGUUUCUUGGGGAACUGAGCAUUUCUUAUCUCUCAGGGGCUCCAAUAAACGCCGAGAUUGUAGUAGAUGCUUCUAUUAUAAGGAGUGGAAGAAAUUUGACAGUAGUUACUGUAGAGUUCAAACUUCAAGAGACAAAAAAGUUGGCCUACCUUGCUCGCUCAACCCUCUACAUCAUGCCAGUAGCAAAGUUAUAGAAAUAUUUGGUUCUACACUUAUGAAAAUUCUGAAUCUCUGCAAUAUUCUUCAACUUAAUCUCCUCAGUUUUUGUACAGAUUGAAUAAUCAUAUCGCAUAUCUACUUGUGAAGUGAGGGGAAUGUAUUGCAUACUUGAUUGGGCUCGUAGAAAGUAGCAAUCAGUAAUAUUUUAAUAUUUAUAGAAUACCAUGGGGAAAUUGACAGMUAUAACCCAAAAA